AUGGAGUCAUCUGCUGAGACAUAUCAUCAUUGUCAUCGUCAUCGUCGUCUUCAGCGUUCCACCUCCUCCACCUCACUGCCAACCCAAGAAAACAGAGGCUCUACUGCGUUACUGGAAACAAGAAAAUCAGUGAGCCAGAACAGUAGGAAAUCAAUAUCAUACCGAAAGGCCGACGAGAACGACGAUCGUGGCACACCGCCUUUCUCCUCCUCCGACGACCUUGGUUUGCUUCUCCUCUCAACCGCACAGUCCCUCCAUGCCACGGGCGAUGAACCCAACAAAGCCAAUCGCUUCGCUCUUAAAGCCACUGAAUUCUUCCAACAAAAGCUGGUCGAAGAAAGUGUAUCUGCAACUGCUACUACUACUACUACCACCGUUGACCUCUUAACCAGCUUCCUACUCUUGGCCGCAACCCUCUGCAAACUGGGUCAAUUCGAGGAAGCCAUCCAAGUGCUUCGCAAGUCAGUUUUGUUAGCUUACUCCUCUGAUUUAAAUCUCAACCCAGAGCUAGCCAAAGCCUCAUUCUCUAUGUUCAUGCUGCUCGGGGACAUCAAUUUCAAAUUGGGUCAUUACAAUGUUGCCAUGGAUUCCUUCCGAUCGGGUCUCGAAGUCCAAACCCAAUCACUGGGAAUGUCAAAUCCACAGGUCGCCGAAACUUGCAGAUAUAUAGCCAAGUCUUACCUGCAACUAAUGCAUUUCAAAGAGGCAGAGGAGCUAUGUUCCCUAGCCCUCAAGAUCCAUAGCGACAGCUCCAAAUGCAACAGUAAUAGCUCCAUUUUCGAAGAGGUCAAGGCCAGGAGACUCAUGGGUCUAAUCCACAACGGCAUGGGCGAAAACAGAGCAGCAUUGGAACAACUGCUUCUGGCGAGUUCAAUCCUCUCAUCAUCUUUACCAGAAACAGAACAGCUUGAAGUGGCAUUCCUUGACGCUAGCAUCGGUGAAACGUAUGUCUCUUUGGGUAGAUACGAUGAGGCUCUGUCAUCGUUCCACAAAGCGCUUUCGAUGCUCAAAGCUUUGUACGGAGAAGCGCACACUGUAGUAGCCUCCAUAUUCGUAAGCCUUGCAGGUCUUCACCUAAAGAAAGGAAUGCUAAAGGACGCCCAACUCCAUUGUGAGAAGGCCCUUCUUAUCUAUGGCAGUAUCGAUGCUAAUGCGUUCAAUUCGGCAGAGGAUGUCGCCAUGGGUUUAACUGCUACAGCAGGUCUGUUCGAGUCCAUGGGAGAAAUUAAGCAUGCCAUUUCGCUACUCCACAAGGCUCGUGAGAUCAUUGAAUGCACAUUAGAAUACCCAAAUACGAUAGUUGGUGGAAUUGAGGCGCAGAUUGGCGUGAUGCUGCAGAUGAGUGGGAAUCACCGUGAAGCGUAUGUGAUGCUGAGAAGUGCCAUCUCUAAGUAUGGAUUGGUUGGUCAGAAGACGAGUGUCGUGGUAGGGAUGCUAUUGAAUCAGAUGGGUUUGGCCUGUGUGGGAUUGAAUUCCAUCUGCGAAGCUGCAGAAAAAUUCGAGCAAUCUAAGGCUGUGCUCGAACAGGUCUGUGGUGCCCAUCACUCCAAUACUCUCGACGUCUGCAUCAACCUUGCUGGGACUUAUGAUGCCAUGGGAAGAGUUGAGAAGGCGAUAGAUCUUGUCGAUCAAAUACUUGAAGAAAUGGAGAACAGAUUGGGAACGGUCAAUCAUGAGGUAGAGCAUAUACGGAAAUGGCUCUCCCAAAUGCUAAGAGAAACAGGUCGAUGCAGAAUGAGGAAACCUCAUACCUUACAUGAUCUCCUCAUCUUGCAAAAGACAGGUAGGUGAUGCUGUGAGAUUGAAAGCCUGCAAUUCCCGCAAAACUACAGAAGAAAUUCAAU